GGUAUACAGAGAGAAUGGAAACUGAUGGAUUUGUAUUGGUUAAACCUUCAAGAAAACGCAGAAUCAAAUCAAAGAAGUGUCCAGUGUUACCAGUAAAUAAUGUUGAUGAUGAGUGGGAUCAUCCUCUGGAUCUUACUCGUGUUAUAAAGCAGGUCUUUACUGAGGACUCUGUAUUCUGUGAUAAGAUCAGUGAAGUGAUAUCAAGUCAAGAUAUUGAACAGAUAGUAUGCUAUGGUAUAGGAAGACUAAGUACCUGCAAGCUGGCUCAGUUUCAGUUUGCUGUUUUAGUAAACGUUCUACAAAAAUCUCCCCAAAUUCAAAAGUGUCUGGUAUUUGACCCAGUACUGUCACAAUCAGAGAGAACCUUCAUUGCUCAGUACAUGGAGGUUUUACCAGAAAACGACAUGUGUGGCAGACGAGUUAUGUGUAAUACACUCUUUUAUAUGAUACACAGUAGUAAAAGGAUGUACGAUAACGUUUUGAAAAGUAACUGGGAUCAGUUAAAGUACUGUACGCUAAUUGGUAAUUCGUUCCAGUCUUAUCUGCUUCACUCCACUACGUCUUCAUUGAUAAAACAGGUUCCCCAUAUUUACACAUGCACAGAACAUACCAAAGAAGACGAGUUACCCAAGUUCGUGAGCCAUCAUAACGUUUUUAACAAUACUGUAAUCAUGGAGUUCUUAUCUUCGGUUGAUACUGAUUCUGUUUUUGUGAACACUCUUCCUGCUGAUAUCUCUGAGGAUGGCUUAGAGAUACAGUGAAAAACCAUUUUUAUAUAAUAUGCUGAUGCUCGAUAUAUAUACCUACCAAUGUUUUGCGCCUUCUGGUAACAUUUUUGUCACGUCUACCGAAUGUUAACUUGGCCAGGCCAUUGUACAUUUUGCUAAACAAUUUAAUUUUUCGUUAAAAAAUGGAAGUGAGGCCCUUUGGUGUUGCUCUGACACGCUUUAUCAGCUCUGUCAU